UCCGGAAUCCUCCCCCCUCCUCCAGGGCGCCCUCCGGGAUCCAGCUCCUGCUCCUCCUCCUCCUGGCGGCCCUCCUGGCUUGGGGCGCAGGCCUGGGCCCCGCCGGUUGAUGGAUUACCUGAGAAUGUCUGAGUGUAUCCAGAUCUCAUUUGCGGUUUGUAGAAUUGGCAUUUACACGUGUUUUCGGGCACUUUGCUGCAAGGGCCCGCCGCCUCCACGCCCGGAGUACGACCUGGUGUGUAUAGGCCUCACCGGCUCGGGCAAGACCAGCCUGUUGUCGCAGCUGUGCAGCGAGAGCCCGGAGAACAUCGUGGCAACUACAGGUUUUAGUAUAAAAGCAGUUCCAUUCCAGAAUGCCAUCUUGAAUGUAAAAGAACUCGGAGGGGCCAAUAACAUCCGGAAAUAUUGGAGCCGCUACUACCAAGGAUCCCAAGGGGUGAUAUUUGUAUUAGACAGCGCAUCUUCCGAAGAUGAUCUGGAAACGGCCAGAAACGAACUGCAUUCGGCUCUCCAACACCCUCAGUUGUGCACUUUGCCCUUUUUGAUACUGGCCAAUCACCAAGACAAACCCGCCGCUCGUUCCGUACAAGAGAUCAAAAAAUAUUUGGAACUAGAGCCCCUUGCUCGGGGAAAGCGUUGGAUCCUCCAGCCGUGCUCCCUGGAUGACAUGGAGGCGGUAAAGGACAGCUUCAAUCAGCUCAUCACCUUGUUGGAAGAGAACGCCCUCGAACCCGUCAGGAUGUGAUAGCCGCCGGAGGGAACUGGUCCGGAGACCGUCCUCUCCCCGCCCCCAAAACCCCUCCCUCACGGAGUCUGGAAAUCGGGGCGGGAGAAAAAGCCAUCUCGAUUAAAGUCGGGAGCACCUAAUGCAGGGGUGGGGGACUGGUCUCACCGUCGACCGCUGAUUUGGAAGCUCUCUUCUCCUUGGGCCUUAUCCUAAAAUGGAGGGAAUCUUGCCUCCCAAGACCCCACUUGAGACCCCUGAAACCACCCCCCUCUACCACGUCUGAUUUUCUGAAAAGCCGCGUAUUAGAUCCUCCUCGGGCGGGGCGUAGUAUUUUACUUCAGAUACCGACCGUGGUAUGAAACAGCCACCUGUGUCUAAUUUUCGGAAAAGCCGCCUAUUAGAACCUCUCUGGGAGCGGUGGAGAAUUUCAUUUUGGAUCCCUUGUGCUCCCCAGAAGUGACUUGCAGGUGUCUUACGAGCGAGGAAGGCCCAGUAGGGCUAGAUUCCCUGUGAACGCCGGAGUCAUUUCCUCCGGUCGAUUCCUCCUGGAGUCGAAUUCUCUCCCCCUUUUUAAGUCCGAGACCAUUGAUUUCGGGUCUGGAAAGGGCGAAAGGAAAUUGAGGCCCAAACCUAGCCUGUUCAGAACAGUACUGACCACGGGCUUAUUCUCCAAAGGUGACCCAUCCUACCUACCGUCAGCCUGAAGCGGCAACGUAAAUAGAUAAGGUAGUGUUUCGGAAAACUCACAGAUGGGUGGAUGAGCGUGACCUUUUUUUUGGAAAGAUGAUGAAAAAAAGAGCAGCCAAAUUAAAUGUAUUUUAAGCUGGUGCCAACUGAAAUUCGAGCAUGGACUGUGGCAGAUUUUUCACUAAGAGAUGGUCUGUGGCGUUCAUUCAUAAAGCGCUAACGACUUUUAGUGAUGUCCUCCAGCGGCUCAACCAGCAGUUAAGAUCUGUCAGUGUUUCUAUUGCAAACCUCUAUUUUCAGGGGUCUCAGAGAUUUGCUUUGAGCUGAAUAUUAAAAUACAAUUUCCCACCUGCAAUUUUUGGAAGCCCUUUUUUAAAAAAAACUCCUUGUAGCUUGCAAUCAAAUUGCAGUUGAAAAAGGACCAGGGCUCUGAGCCGUGAUGCCUUUUGGCUCUUCAAAACCCGAAAACAGAUUUAUGGGUUUUAUUUGGUGUCUGGGUUUUUUUUGUUGUUGUUGUUGGGGUUUUUUUGUUGUUGUUUUUUAAAAGAUGAGCGUCUGUACAUCUUUGGUUCCUGAUAUAGAGGGCCACCCUUUGGCCACUUAUCAUUUGUGUUCAAUGGCUGAACUUCGAUAAAGCCAGUUACCACAUCCGAGCGGUGAAGAGUUCUUUAUCUAUAGCCUCCUUUGCUCCGUGAUACCUCAUAUCUGCUCCGGGCGUCCCACUUCGGACCUUUAACGUUAUCUGAAUGUCGUUUUUGUGGUUUAAUAGAGUUUUAGUGGAUUUUACUGACUUGUUACCUUGUAAACGUUUAAAUACCUUAGCCUUUUUUUACGGGAGUGAAAAGAUUCACGGCCAUUCGUAUCCGAUUUUCGACUACGGUAUUCUGGGAUGUUUGUAAUACUGGGCGAUCGGUGAGCAGCACACGGUUUCUACGGAGAUGACUGAUAAGCCGGUUCAUCGCUCCACCUUUUCUUCGUCUCCAUCGUCUGAAUGGAAGUCGUCCGCUCGCCAGGCAGUGCUUUCUCAGCAAGUUCAUUAAAUGUGUACUAUUGUCUUUUUAAGAUACCGGGUUUAAUGGUCCUAAGCCAUCUGCUAAACCACUUCCUGUGCGUGUGUGUGAGUGUGUGUGUGUGUUUUGAUGUGUCUGCCUGUCUCGGGCCUCUUCUCAGACCCACGACUGUCUGCAGCGCCUCAGCCGUCAGAAUGAAAACAGUAUCAAUCAGUCCCCAACAACAGCUGUUUUUGACAAGUUUCCGUCUGACGCCUAAUGCUUGGCAACUGUCAAAUCGGCUCCCUCUUUGUCUAGCGGCUCCACGCCCGGCCUCUUUGACGCUCCCGUAACGGAUCCCGUCCUUGUAACUGGAAUUUGCCUUGUUUGGGAAAUCCGCUUUGGGUGUGUGUGUGUGUGUGUGUGUGUGUGUGUGUGUGUGUGUGUGUGUGUUUGUGUGCACGUCCAUCCCCGAUCCUGUCACUCGCCGUGGAAUGGAGCCACAGGUGUCUCAGUCCCCGUUAUUCAGGGCGGCAACCGGAACGAAAAUCGGGGAGGAAUCGUUACGUCUCGCUUACUUGCCUCUCGCCGUAUUUAUGGACGUCUCCGAGUUUUGUACCUUAUUCGCUAACGCGGUCGCCUCUUUUGUACUGGCAAUUAAUUUAUAUUGCGAGUUUGUAUCCACUGUAGUUUACAAUAUCGGUUGCUAGUUAACUGCCAUAUUACCCUGCCUUUAUACUAAAAAUACAGCAUCUAUACUUAGAAGUUGACCAAUUCGUGUGGCCAGCGGCCAGGCAAGAGGAACUUGUACUGUCUGUGAUUUAUACGUGAUUUCCACUAUCUUCAAAUGAAAAUAAACGUUGAAUAGAAUUGA